GACAGUGCGGUCUGCCAUGGGACCUGGCCCUGCUCUGGCCUGGCUCCUGCUCCUGAGCCUGCUGUCUGAUUGUCUGAGAGCCGCUCAGUCCCGAGACUUCACCGUGAAGGACAUUAUCUACCUCCACCCUUCAACCACGCCAUAUCCUGGUGGAUUCAAAUGUUUCACCUGUGAAAAGGCAGCAGACAAUUAUGAGUGCAACCGAUGGGCUCCAGACAUCUACUGUCCUCGAGACUCUCGAAUAUGUCACACUGAAUGAAAAAUGACGAUAGAUACAAAUACUGUCUCUGUCACUAAACGCUGCGUCCCGCUGGAAGAGUGCUUAUCCACUGGCUGCAGAGACUCUGAGCAUGAAGGCCACAAGGUCUGGGCAACAAAGCAAGUGACCGGUAGCGUGUAG